AUGGCAAUUUUAACAUCUGCUCUUUCAGCAGAACGGAAAAAUCUUCGUGCAUGUCUCUUAUGUGGGAUUAUUCUUUCAUAUAAACACUUUUUAUCACAGGGAUGUCCUAAUUGUGAAAUGCUUCUUCAGAUUUCUGCAUCAGAAGAUUCUGUACAAGAAUGUACAUCUCCUAUUUAUGAAGGUGUUCUUGCUGUAAUGCAACCGACGGAAUCUUGGGUAGCGAAGUGGCAACGUAUUAAUCGAUUUGUCGGUGGUGUUUAUGCCAUUCGUGUACAAGGACGAUUACCCGAGGAAGUAAUUGAACAACUAGAUCGUCGUAAUGUUCAGUAUCGUCCUCGUGAUGGGACAGUGGAUGACUAA